GGAUUAAUUAAUUAGCCAAACAUAAAAUUAUAAGAAUUCAAAACUAAACAAAAACUACGAAAAUGUGUUCGAAAUUCGUUUGUGUCGUACUCAUCGCCUCCUUCGCCUGCUGCGCUGUAGCCUUGCCCUCACAGCAACAGCUGGAUAACAGCGAAAAGGAUGUUAUUGCUUUGAUCGAUAGAAUCGACAGUGCCGAGUCGAUGCCACUCUUCGCUGGCCUGCGUGUUGAACGUUCGGAAACUGGUCGCUCAUUCGGUGUCUCAUCUAAUGGCGUUGAAUCGGUUGAAGAUCGCGUCGAACGCUAUCUGGCCACACACGAAUUGAACAUCGGCCUGACCGGCGAUGAGGAUGAGGAAACCGAGAGCGAAUAUGCCGGCCGUGCCAUGGAGGAAUCCCGCAGCAAGAAAAUGAAGAAGAUGCUCUUGCCCCUGCUCCUGAUCUUGAAACUGAAGAAGGCUGUACUCUGCAAAAUUGCUUUCAGCAUCGUCAAAUUCAUCUCGCUCAAGAGUUUGGCCAUUUCCAUUCUGGCUCUGAUCCUCGCUGGUGCCACUUUCUUCAAGGACUUGUUGGGCAAGAAGAAGGAACACAUCACCACCGCUUACAUCACCGGCAGCCCAUUGAACGCUGAAAUCGUGCACUCCGACUGGAACCGCAACGGCCAGGCUGCUGCCUCUGACUUAGCCUACAACCAAUAUGGCUUGGCUCAACCCUUCUAAGUGCAUACAAGCACAACAACACAAGCGAUUCGACAACGGCACAACCCGCCGCUAGAAUAUUUCUAGCUCUCCUAUCCCAUUCUCCCGCUUUCUUUAGCUUUCUCUGCCUCUAUCGAAUCUAUUUAUUUCACGCAAUGAAAGUUGAUCACUUUUACCCAAAUGCUUUCCAUUUCUAUCGAUCAACAUAAGAAUGACUAAAUUUUAGUUUAUUUAUAAAAAUCUAUAUUUAUAAAUAUUUAUUUGUAGUCAAGUAUUUAGUUUUUAAUUAGUGAAAACUAUGCGAUACCAAAAAAGUCAAACAAAAGCAAAUGCAAAAAAGCAAAAUGCAGCAAUGCAAAAUUUAAAAAACACAAAAAAAAUAAUAAACAAAAGCGAAUAAUAUUUAUUUCAUCAAAACAAAUACAUAUAAAUAAUUUUCUUAUUUAUUUAUCUUGCAAAGAGUCAAAUACCAAAGCCAUCAAUUAAGUCCUGUUUGUGGCAUAUGAACGCGCUGAGGCAUGCAACCGCCUUAACGCAAUUAGUUAAGCAAUCAGUAAUGUAAUAGUCAACGCGAGAAAUAUCAAAUAUGUCUUUAAUUACUUAUUCAUUAGUAGUAAUUGAUUUGUUUGAAUAUAUGGAAUUUAUUUUUAAUUAAUUGCUUGCAAUUAAGUUAAGCUCAGGUUCAGCAAAUAAAAUAUUUCGCAGCAGUUAAAUAAUAGCUUUAUUCCUCACAGUUUCUCCUGUGAAAUAUUUUGUAGCAAAUCGACAGAGUGUUGCUAUGGCACACACACACUCACCCCACACACGCCACUUAAAAUCAUUCAAAUAUCAACCAAAUUUCCUUCAGCCCUUUCCGCAAGCAUCAGAUUUAAUUAAAUUAAGAAUUUAUGUAUAUUUUUGUAAAAUAA